AUGAGGCACCCAUCUUAUACCACAAGAUAUGAAGCUGCAAGAUACGAAGUCACAAGAUACGAAACUGCAAGAUAUGAAGCCGCAAGAUACGAAGCUGCAAAAUAUGAAGCUGCAAAAUACGAAGCUGCAAAAUACGAAGCGCAAGAUAUGAAACCACAAGAUACAAAGCCGCAAGAUAUGAAACCGCAAGAUACGAAGCCGCAAGAUACUAAACCGCAAGAUACGAAGCCACAAGAUACAAAACCGCAAGAUACAAAACCGCAAGAUACAAAACCGCAAGAUACGAAGCCACAAGAUACAAAACCGCAAGAUACAAAACCGCAAGAUACGAAGCCACAAGAUACGAAACCGCAAGAUACAAAACCGCAAGAUACAAAACCGCAAGAUAUUAAAUCGCAAGAUAUGAAGCCGCAAGAUACGAAACCGCAAGAUACAAAGCCGCAAGAUACGAAACCGCAAGAUACGAAACCGCAAGAUACGAAACCGCAAGAUACUAAACCGCAAGAUAAGAAGCUGCAAGAUAUGAAGCCGCAAGAUACAAAGAAGCAGCCAGAUAAUACAAAGAAGCAGCCAGAUAAUACAAAGAAGCAGCCAGAUAAUACAAAGAAGCAGCCAGAUAAUACGAAGAAGCAGCCAAACUAUCCAGGGAAACGAGAACCUCAACCUUAUAUAUCAUCAGUGUGUUCAGUAUUUACUAUACCAUAUACUACAUAUACCAUAUUUAAUAAUGUAGAUAUUACAGUAAUUUGGGUAUCACCAACACCAGCACCACCUGUGGAUACCUAUGUUCCACCACCAUCUGUGGAUACCUAUAUUACAUCACCACCAUUUACAACAGAAUCAUCACCAACACCAUUGACAGAAUUUUCAACAGUACUAUCGACAGAAUUAUCGACAGUUCCAUCGUCGACACCAUCGUCUACUUUAUCGUUAACAAAAUCUGCUAGUUCACCGCCAACAUCGAGUAGAAAUAGUCCUGCAGUUACAUCUGCUGUUGUUAUUUCAGCAGCAAGUUCCUUAUACAAUGAAUUAACUGCUUUCAAUAUCGCAAUUGGGUUAAUUAGUUUUACUUUUAUUAUUAAUCAAUUCAUUUAA